AUGCAAGACAAGGAGAGUUUUGGUAUUGUUCCAUAUCCAGAUGCCUGGGCAGGCAAACUGAUAUCUGGACAGCCUACACAUGGUGCAAAUACUGCAUAUGGUAUUGAUGCUGGCAGCACUGCCAAUGUGUAUGCUCCCUUUGCCUCCCAGAUAGACUGGGACAUUGCUAAAUGGGUGAAGCUACACAGUGCAAGUUCAACAGCUCUCACUGACUUGCUCGAAAUUGAUGGGCUUAGCGAAUACUUUGGCCUUUCAUACAAGAAUUCAAAAGAGUUAAAUAAGAUAAUCGACAAGGACCUCCCUGGUCGACCAAAGUUCUUGCAUGAACAAAUUAUUGUCACUGGUGAAGCAUUUGAUGUCUUUUACAGAGACAUCAUUGAAUACAUCAAAGCUUUGUAUAGUGACCCUGACUUUGCUGAUUUUCUUGUGUUUUCACCAGAGCGUCACUAUGCCGAUAAAGAUCAGACUAUAUACAAGUGGUGGUGGGAUAUUAACAUCUCAAAAGAAAUUCGCCAAAAACCAUUGUGUCGUGCUCAUAUCCUCCUAGUGUAUCUACCAACUACCCACCUUGAACAUAUCACCAAUAAAGCCUCAAGACAUCAUACCAUCACAAACCUCUACCAUGCAUGUAUGAGUCAUAUACUGGCCCCUCUCAACACUGCUGGUAAUGAUGGGCUUGUGAUGAGCAGUGGUGAUGGUGUAUGUUGUCGUUGUCAUCCUUUGUUCGCAUGUUUUGUUAGCAACUAUCUUGAGCAAUUACUUGCUACUGGGGUAAAAGCAAUGGAGUGCCCCAAGUGCGAUAUCCCCACUGACAAAUUUGAAAGCAAUAUGGCACCAUUUAAUAUACAUGAUCUUCACACUGUGUUGGAUGCUCUUGCCAUGAUUGAUGAAGGUGAUUUGGCAUUUGUACAGGCAUGUCAUGCAGCUGCAAUCAAACUGAUUAUCCACCCGUUCUGGGAGGACCUGCCUUACACAAAUAUCUAUCAGGCAAUCACACCUGACGUACUACAUCAGCUAUAUCAAGGUCUUAUCAAACAUUUACUUGGAUGGCUGGCACAAGCAUGUAGAGCAGCAGAGGUUAAUGCACAAUGUUGUUGGUUGCCUCCAAAUCACCAUGUUCAAUUGUUCAUGAAGGGUAUCACCAGUCUCACUCGCCUCAGUGGCACUGAGCAUAGUCAAAUAUGUUGCUUCCUCCUUGGCAUCAUCAUUGACAUCCGACUUCCUGAAAAUCUUGCUUCAUCUCACCCCCUAAAAGCUAACAACUUCAACCUUCCAAAGCUUCAUGCAGUGUGUCAUCAUGGAUCUAUGAUUCAGAUUUUUGGAAUGACAGACAACUACAAUAUGGAGUAUACAGAAUGGCUACAUAUUGAUCUUGCUAAGGACACAUAUAGUGCAACUAAUCACAAGAACAAAUUUACUCAGAUGACACAAUGGCUGGAGCGGAAGGAAAAGAUUUUUUGUCAUGAGCAGUACAUAAAGUGGUGUCUUGAUGGAGAUCAUGCUCCUCGUCAAGCACAUCCACCUGACCUACACUUUAACUGCAUGCAAAAAAUAACCAAGCAUCCGAGUGCUAAAGCAGUAUGGAUUCAAAAAUUGAUCACAGACUAUGGCGCAACUAACUUUAGAGAGGCAUUUGCUUGGUACAUCCACCUUGAAAACCUUGCUGCAGGUAUCCAUCUACCAUGCCAAUCUGUCCUCAUCUAUCACAAGAUAAAGUGGACAUCGACCAAUGCUCAAGGACAUGUGAACAACAUGGCACCAGCACAUUUUGAUACAGCACUUAUUGAUGAUGGUACUGGUGCCAUUGGUGGACAUCUAGUAUGUGUUGGUCAAAUUCAUGUCAUUUUCUCAAUUCCAGCAGCAACAGCUCAGCUGUUAUUCCCUCCCACACACCAACCUCCCAAGCACCUCGCAUAUGUUGAAUGGUCUACUCCAUUCCCUGUAAUGCCGGAUCCAAGGCAUGGCAUGUACAAAAUUAGUUGUUUCAUCAAGUCUGGGGAGAGAGUUGCAAGUAUCAUUCCCAUUUCAAAUAUUGUACGCAGUAUCCAUCUCAUCCCAAAGUUUGGAGCUGUUGCACCACGGAACUGGACAAGUCAUGCUGUUCUCGAAGAAUGUCACACCUUCUUUGUCAACUGCUACAUUGAUAGACAUACUUUUGUGACUCUUAGAUAA